AGGCCAUCGCUACACCGUAGUGUGACCACACUUGCGCAUGUCAGGGCUGAAUUGUUGCUGCACCAGAUUAUACAACAAAACAGAAUUUUCAAGCAGUUAAAUGGUUAUUUGUCAAUUAAAUUGAAGCGAAAACAAAAAUUAAGAAUUAUGAGUAGCUUUACUGCGGCAUUGGCUAUGCUGAGGCAGCGUUUGAUUGCUCCAGCACUGGCAACAUCAACCCGUUGUUAUGCCGUGAAGCCGGCAGCCCCAGCGGCCAAGAAGAAGAAACUGGGAAAGCUUGGACCCAUUAUGGAAAAGACGGUAAUUCCCGUGGAAACAGACGCCAACAAACUGGUGAACUAUGUGUGCGGCAGCAACUACCUAAAGACUGGCCAGGACGUCAAGAUUAAACCGGAUGCAGAGUACCCCGACUGGCUGUGGACACUCAACACGGAACGGAUUAUACCCCUGGACGAGCUCGAUCCCAAUUCGAAGCAAUACUGGAGACGCUUGCGAAAGCUAGCCUUGCGGCGCAACAAUCAGCUCUCCAAGCUGAAGAAGUUCUAGGGGCCAGGCCAGGCCAGGCGCUGGCAUUUAGGUGUUAUCUUUGUUUCGGAGACCAGGUCUUGGCCUUCAACUUUCCUAAGUGUGCAAUCGUGUUGGACCUGUGUUUGCCUUGCUGUCCGGCGCAAGUAUAUAAACACUUCGUCGAUUAUGUUCUUUGCUAAUGUAAAUAACGUAAAUACAUUUUACAACGUCUUGCA